AUGGUACGUCAGAGGGGAUUUUCCAAUGUGUCUUCCACUUCUUCCCUUUCCUAUCCCGAAAGGAAUCACCAGGAACUGGGAAGUAUGUACGACUAUCUUGCCAAGAUCAUCCUUCUUGGGCCAAGCGGUGCCGGAAAAUCUUGUUUGCUACAUCGCUUUGUGAAGGACGAAUGGAGAGUGCUAUCGUCGCAAACGAUCGGUGUCGAAUUUUCUUCGAAAAUCGUGAAGUUGGGCUCUGGUUCGCGGCGGAAACGGAUCAAACUUCAACUCUGGGACACGGCAGGCACUGAGCGAUUCCGUUCCGUUUCCCGAUCAUAUUAUCGCGGUGCGGCAGGGGCGGUUCUUGUUUACGACGUGUCGUCCCACCGUUCUUUCUCCGCACUUCCCACGUUUCUUAUGGAUGCGCGCGCCCUCGCAUCCCCGAAUCUCACCGUCCUCUUAGCUGGGAAUAAAGCGGAUCUAGCAUCUGAGAUGCCUGAUGAUGGCAUAAGACCUCCCCCUACACCGUCCAGUACUUCCAGCAAGCAGUCAUCCUUUGUGGUCGACUCAGGCGGCGAUUCUAUCCACUCCGCAAGUGGACCCGGCGCCGGAACAAGGAUGACUGCUACAUUUGCACCUCAGGGUCGAGAAGUCAGCGCGGAAGAAGCGUCCCAUUGGGCUGCCAAAUCGAACAUUCCUGUUGCUGUUGAGGUUUCUGCCCUAACUGGUGAAGGUGUGGAGGAAUUGUUUACACGGCUAGCGCGUAUAAUCCUUACCAAGAUCGAGCUAGGUGAGAUCGACCCUGAUGAUCCCCAGAGCGGGAUCCAGUACGGCGAUGGCGGUCUGUACGGCCAUGGCACAAGUGAUGCUUCGAGUACUCGAAGCGGGUUUGGAUUUGACGACGAUAACGCAGUUCAGCUCCAGCGGAGAAAUUCGAGGCGAGGAACGACAAACUGGAAAAGUGGCAUGAGAGAAUGGGAGGAUGUGUUUGGAUUAAGUGGCUCGCAGCAAAGGAGGAACAGAGGAUGUUGUUGA